AGCUGAUCACCAAACACACACAUUGACACACACACGAACACGCAGAUUUCCCUCACGCGAUGAUCCAGGCAAGGCAAACAAACAAGCAGACAAGCAUGAGUUUCGUGUGGCCUCAAAAAAGAUAAUACAAUUUUCAGUGCCUCGUGUGUAAUUUGACAUCAUUUCCCCUCACGAGAUGCUUGACGUAUGGGGCUUCAGAUCCUGUGAAUUGUGGGGUCUUAGAUGUCCAGAGACGAGAGAUUUCUUUUUCUUUCUUUCUCUUUUACCACUGCUUUCUUUUACCGAGUUUUUCUUCUUCGCAGUGGACUGACUGCACUUUUAUUACUCCUCUGACUGAACCAAGAACCUACAUUUGAAAAUACCACAGAGGAUUUUCAUUUUUUUUGUUUCUCUUUUCACUGACAUAUUCCUGAACAAAUAAUGCAAAUUUGAAAGAAAAGUAGCGAACGUUUUUUUUUUCUUUUUUUUUUUUUUUUACUACUAAUGGAGACAGGAAUUGGGAAUGUGUGUGUUUUGUUUUAUUCACUAUUGACGAAGGCGAGAGGCGUAAGUAGAAGCGUGUCCCUGCAUCACUGUAUCUAUUCUCUCCUUACGCAGUGAUGUCAGGCAGUCAUGAUCAGGAGUAAAGUAACCUGCUAUGUUUACUCGCACGGUUUUACGUUUUCUAUCGACGUAACCCUACCCACUGUUUUCCGUUUUCUAUCAACGUAACCCUACUGAUUUGCUGACGAACUUGUAAAACCUCAUAACUAAAGAAGAGUAACUUGCUGUACACACACACACACACACACACAGACACACACACAUUUACAUUUUCUAUCCAUUUAUCCCAUAUAUACUCGUAAAUUUAUUCAUAUUAACAAAAAAAAACUGAUAACUGUACAGAUUUUUAUCAGACCAAAGAAUUGCUGUUCAAGAAAAAGCAAUCAAAACUCAAAACACAAGAGAAAUAAAGUAGCAAGGAACUGAAAGAUUAGACAAAUUGAAGGAUGGGGAUGGUAAGUGGAAAUAGGUAAUGUUUGUUUCAUACAGGGACUGCCACGUGUAGGCCUGAUGACUUCUUGCAGCUUCCCUUACGUUAUGUCCCUUUUUGAUGUUCUUAUGGCUUGAUGGUUCCUUGCAGCUUCCCUUAUGUUAAAGCAAAGCACAGUGCAGGUAAGUGUGGCAGGGUACUCGACUUGGCCAUCUCAGUACACGGCCACUCUCUCCCGCAGGAACCUCCCCCUGGCCAUCAUUGUGUCCACGACGCUGGUGACGGUGGUGUACACGCUAGCCAACGUUGCGUACUUCGCUGUGCUCACGCCGGCGGAGAUGCUGUCCUCUGAAGCUGUGGCCAUGACCUUCGGGACUCGCGUGCUGGGCAUCCUCGCCUGGAGCAUGCCGGUGUUCGUCAUGCUCUCCACCUUCGGCAGCACCCACGCCUCCGUCUUCACGCAAAGCCGCCUGGUGUUCGUCGGGGCGCGCAAAGGUCACUUCCCCACCGCUUUCGGCCUCGUCAGUACCAAGCACUACACCCCCGUGCCGGCAGUCAUCUUGAGUGGUCUGGUAACACUGGUGAUGUUGCUUGUACCGGAUAUCUCUCAUCUUAUCAACUACACCGCCUUCAGCGCCACAGCCAUGCAGUUCGCCUGUAUCCUCGCCCUCUUCUGGUUUCGCUACAAACACCCAGAGUGGCCCAGGCCCUUCAAAGUGUGGCUGGCGGUACCCAUCCUCUUCGCUGGCGUCCAAAUCUUUCUCCUUAGUGUGCCUGUCAUAAUGUCGCCAAUGGAGGUCGCUGGGGCAGUGGGAGUCAUCCUGGCUGGCCUCCCUGUGUACUACUUCGCUGUGUACCGCCAGGACCUCGCCAUGCUCUUCUCAGGAGCACUAGACAAGCUGACACUGCUAUGCCAGAAGCUGUUCCUGUGUGUGCCAGAGGGGAAGGCAGAGUGACACGGCAAGACGCAAUGACACCAACAGAAUGACGCAAUGAUGAUGAGAUGGUGCUUUCAGUUAACCUAAUACAAGCAUAAGUUACUGUAUAUCCUAAUCUUUUCACUCCUGGCCACCUUUGCAAUGAUACCAAUAAUUUUCUUAGAUACUUUUACAUAACAGUUUCCUUGUUUCGUGUCCUGUGUAUCUACAUCUCUGUACCAGGCUGGCAAUCUUCCACAGGGGGCGGUCCAGAUAGCACCACACACUCAUAGACACAUCAUUCAUAGGAGAAUAUUCUGAAACACUUCUGCUCGCAUCUCAGCUACUUUCAAAAGGCUUUAGUGACAGAUUAACAAGAUUUCUACAUUUUUAACAGGAGAAACACUCUUGGGACGCGGCUAGUCGUCUGUGGCCCUUGAAAAUAGUCGUGGUGAGAGAGCAAAGUGUUUUAGAAAACGGGCCGCACACUUAGCCUCGUCGGCCCCUGGUAGAGAUGCAGUCUUUGUGUCCUAGAAAAGAUAAUCUCAUACAUUUAUUAUCCUGUGUAAAUGUGAACGAUUCCCCAGUGUUGUAAACGUUGACGAAAGGUGGCCAUGGUAGUGAAAGGGUUAAGAGGGACAGGGUUAGGAUGUUAUGUAAUUUUCAGGUGAUGAUGCAUUAGUGAUGUACUAUAGAGAUGUGAAGAGUGAUGUGGUGGUGAUGCUGUGAAAGGUGAUGCUGUGAAAGGUGAUGUUCAUGUCUUAUCUAGUUCAGUAGUGAGUGGAAACUUUUUUUUUUUAACAUCGACUUUCUCUUCCUCUUCCUUGUUCUCUCCCUCCUCCUCCUCCUCCUUCUCCUCCUCCUGCUCUUCUUUCUCUUCCUUGUCCCCUCUUUUUGUUCCAGUCUUGCACUUACAUCUCUGCUGUAAUCCUCUUCCUCUUCCUUCUUCUCCUCCUCCUCCUCCUCCUUGUCCUUAUCCUCGUCUUCGUCCAUCGUUCUUUUAAGUCCAUCCUCCUUGUCCUUAUCUUCCUCCUCCUCCUCCUAUUUUCCUCAUCCUUCUCUUUCCCCGCCUUUUAUCAAGUUCUCCUUUAGUCAAACAAAUUACAUGUGUUUUUCAUUGAUGUUUUCUCCCUCCUCCCCUUUCUCUGCUGGCCAAUCAGAAAAACACCUUUCUCUCCGUGUGACCAAUCAAAAGAAUCCUUCCUUUUAUCGACCAAUGAAAGCUACCCAAUAAGUUACAAGCACUGUCUUUUUCUCCAAGCUUUUCCAAUCAAACUACACCAUUCCAUAAAGUGCCAGAUUAUCACAGCCAAUCACAGUGAACGUACCAGAUAUUUUUCGCAAAUCACGGUUCAAGUUAUGUCUGGACCAAUCAUAGAGCAAGAUUUUUUUUUUUGUAUCUUUUCUUGUUUUUUUUUUUUUCUUACUAGAUUGCAUUGUUACUUUUCCCUUCAAGUUUGUAGUGAGGGUAAACUUAUGAAUUUUCUUCCCUAAUUGUUCGUUCACGUCUUGAGUAAUGGUAAUGAGUGGGUACUUUGCUGUGCUUCGUUCGUUUCACUAUUUAUUGUUACUUUAUUUAAUAGUCGACGUGAGUUGCUAGCACUUCAUUUGUUUCGGGGCAUUAGGUGAAGGGAACAAUAAAGGCAUGUCAUUAAA